AACUCCACCCUAACCCAAAAGACGUAUAGGUUAUAUUGUGAUUGAAGCGUUUGAAAAUUGCUUGUAAAUUGUUUAUAUUUAUAUUAUGAUUUGUCAACAAAUGAAUUAAAAUGUAUAUAAUGUGAGUAAGUGAUGACAAUAGUUGGAUAAAUAUAAAAAUAUAUUGAAAUGAAAAAAUAAUUACUUAAAAAAAAAAAAAUAAAAAAAUUGUUGAUGAAUUAUUAAAAGAAAAUAGUUUUAAAAAAAAAUUAAAUAAUGUUACAUGAAUUGUUACUGGCAUUGUGGGGUUACCCUACAAGUUUAGGGGAAAUUUUUAAAAAUGAUGCAAUAUUGCUUGAUAAAUAUUUUCAUCCUUCUGAGAGAGGGCUGAUAAAACAAAUAUUAAAAAUUGCUGAUGAUUUUAAUAAUAUUAAAAAAUUUAUCAAAAUUUAUUCUACAGCCCAUGCUGAUUUGGAAAAUGCUAAUGAACAAGAUCCAUUGAACAGAGGAUUGUAUUUGCAAGCACUUUGCAAUGGCAUGGACCAAGCAUUGGAGCCAUUUAGAACAGAAAUUGUUGAACUGGAAAAAUGUAUUGCGAAAAAUGCUCAUACUCCUGCCACUGUUAUUUUAUCUCGAGUCGAAAAUUAUAAAUUUUUAUUCAAUAUUCUCAAUAAUAUAAUUCGUAAGAUAAAAACACAAAGAAUCCAUGGAUGUUCAUUACUGCAGUGUAUUUACGAAUUAAUGAAUACAGAAAUAAUUGAAGUUAAAGUAGCGCUGCAAAAAAUGAUGCAGUCACUUCAUAUGAUUUUUUACAAGCAAUUAACAAGUUGGCUUCUGUACGGACGCUUGGAGGAUACUUACAAGGAAUUUUUCAUCCAAAAAAAAGAAACUGCCCAAGAAAGUUUGUUGUUUGCCGACAAUAAAGACGGUUCAGGUGAAAUAAAAAAUCACAAUGACAUGUGGAAUUACGAUAUUGAUGUCAAUAUGCUGCCUUCGUAUAUAACUUUUACAUUAGCUGCUAAAAUAUUGUCAAUUGGCCAAACAAUUAUUAUUUUUGGUAAUGAUCCACGGGGUGGAAAAGAUUUUUUUGUGACAGAUAAACCGGCAUCAACAGUUUGGGGUGAAAAGGAGCACGAGUACUUUAAAAAACUUCGAAGCCUUCAAAUGAAACCUGUGUUCAAUGUAAUUGAGUUUGAAAACACAAUUGACGAAUUGAAGAAAUGCGUUACGAAACUUUUGUGGCAUAUUGUAGUCGAAGAUGCUCAACUGCUUCAGCAAUUGAAGUACAUCAAGGAUUUCUAUCUCAUUGGACGAGGCGAUUUGUUUUUAGAUUUUAUAAAAUUAACGUCUCAUAUACUCAGCAAACCGCCUACGAAUCAUACUUCCAGAGAUUUGAACGUAGCGUUUCGCAUGGCUGUCAGGAAAAUUAUGCUAAAUGAUGAAGGAGCAAUCGACGAUUUCAAUUUUUCAGUACCGGUUCCUGAGCUUUCGAAUGAAGAUUCUAGUAGUUCUGAUUCUAGGAGUCAUGAAAAAACCCAAGAUCCUAUAGAAAAACAAGGAUGGGGAAUGAUUGUUCUUCAUUAUCGUGUUUCAUGGCCACUACAAUUAUUAUUUAGUCCAAAAGCAUUGAAUGAUUACAACACAAUCUUCCGAUUUCUUCUGAGAGUUAAAAAAACUCAAAUAAAUCUUUGGAAUUUAUGGACUGAGCACACGUGUUCCAAAAACAUCGAUAUUGGUGUGCUACAACUAAGAAACAAUUUAAUAUUUAUUCUUGACAACCUCCAAUACUAUUUGCAAGUUGAUGUACUGGAAAGCCAGCACGCAGUUAUGGAGAAUCGUAUGAAGAGUACUGAAAACUUUGAAGAUGUACAAACAGCCCACUCAGUUUUUUUAGCCAACGUACUUUCCCAAACAUUUCUGGCUAGCAGCAACGAGAAGCAUAAGAAUCCGGUAAAUAAUUUAAUCCGCUUGUUAUUGCGUCUUUGCGACGACUUUAUCCUCCAAGCUUCCAUUUGGGAAGUUAACAAGCUCUUGAGCACGGAAAAAGAAGAAUUGAAGGCACUGACAGACACGCUGAGUACGAUUAUGGAUUUGCUGAUAAAAACUCUCAAUAAAGUUCGCGCUCAACCGAGUGGUGUACAUCUAGCGCAAUUAUUACUCCGCCUUGAUUUCAACAGAUGGUUCAGUAUGCAAAUGUAAAUUAAAUAAAACUAAAUUAAUUUUUUUCUAAAAAUUUAAA